AUGGCAGAGGCUGCAGAACUCGGUAUCGGCGUCGUCUGCCUUGCCGGCUUGUUUAGCACUGCUGUCCAAUGGUUUGAGCACGUUCAGACCGGGAAGGAUUUUGGGAUCGAUUUCCAGUCGGCCCAACUGGAGCUUGAAAUUUGCCGACUGAGAGUUCUCCGAUGGGGCGACGCCGUGGGGCUCACGGAGACCUUCACUGAGGCGCGUGCUCUACCAGCCGGUGUUUGGGAAUCGGCUGAGGAUGUCCGCUUCGCUGAAAGGACGCUGGGGCAGAUCAACAAUCUUUUCGAAAAGAUCGACGAUGCAUCGAAGAAGUACAUCACUACGCUCACUGCCACCGCCGUCUACGAUCCCGAUCGUGAUCUGGACCAAAAGUACAUGAAUCUUCGCCAGUUCAUGCAGAACGCGGCAGUGAACCGACAAAAGACCAUGUCCUUCAGGAAGAAGUUCCAGUGGGCAGUUCACGGAAAGUCGAAUCUGGACAAACUCCUUGCGGAUGUCAAGAGUUUGACUGAUGCCCUGACGACAACAUUCAAGGCGACCAAGCCCCAGCAGCAACAAUUCGCUAAGAUGGAGCUUGAGGAGGUUAAAGACGAUAAUCUACCACAGCUCGAAGCGGCCUCGAGAGACCAUGACCCAAUUUUGAACGAGGCGGUCGGAAACGCAAUCGAAACGCUUGCGAGCUAUCAGAACCGGAAGUUUGAAGUCUUGGACGGCGCAAAGGCUUUGGUUGGCCAUUCUGUGGCCAACGGCUAUGAGGGCCCCAGCUUGGCGGUCGACUAUACCUUUGAGGACUGGAAGGCUUCGGGGCAAGGUACUACAGUCCAGUGUGGAACAAGGCACGGUGGGAAGGACAUUUUCGAAUGA